CUUAUCAUAUAUAUAUAUUCAUAUAUUCUUUUUUAAUUGUAAGCCUAUACUUAUAUUUUAUUUCAUUGAGUAAAAAUCGAAUUUGAAAUAAUAUGCUAUUCAAAUUUAUAAUAAAAAAUACAAGACGAAGAAAGAGCAUUAAAUAUGCAGAUGAUAUCGAUUAAAUAGUCCGAGUGAAUCAUUGAAAUAAACUCUGACAAUCUUGAUCACCCUCGUUAAUCCAUUGUUAGUCUAAGCGCUCUCAGUUCUAGCUUGUUAUUGUUUGUAGAGGUCAAAUGAAAGCCCCGCCCAUGAAUUACGGAGUAGCCAAUCAGCGAUCAGAACAGAUGGCGAUCUUGGCGGAAUCUUGUGGAAAAUGACGUCACUGAACAUAUUGCUUUGUGCGGUGAAGAAUCGAGUCAUAAAGGUAAAAGUGCGCGCUUUAAACUGUAGCGGACAAAGAUUCAACGGAACAACGAAGAAUAUUUAUGAAACGAAACAGUCCACAUGCUUGGCAUAAUCAACCAGACGUCCACAAAGAUGCCAGCUAACAUGUUUUCGGAAGUGAAUGCAACCCAAGUUCACGAGGACCAUCGCGCACUGCAACUUGCGUUCGAGCUCUCGGUUCUGAGGAUGAAUGGGGAAGAUGAGGUUCCAAACCUCGCAUCAUCAACCAUAGACGCUGAAACGAGGAAACGUAGUGCAAACAUGACGGAAUGUGUACCCGUCCCUAGUUCGGAGCAUGUAGCUGAAAUUGUAGGCAGACAAGGAUGCAAGAUUAAAGCCUUGAGAGCCAAGACGAACACGUAUAUAAAAACACCAGUCCGUGGGGAAGAGCCUGUAUUUGUCGUGACGGGACGAAAGGAAGAUGUUGCCAUGGCAAAACGAGAAAUUCUCUCAGCAGCGGAGCAUUUCAGUCAGAUCAGAGCAUCGCGACGAAACAGCAGUGUGUCCAGUUCAUCAUCGGUCACUACUGCUGGGCCAAAUGGCCCACCCAGCCCCAGCACACCAGGCCAGGUUACAAUCCAAGUACGUGUGCCCUACCGUGUGGUGGGGCUCGUCGUGGGACCCAAAGGAGCCACAAUCAAGCGGAUUCAACAACAGACGCACACCUACAUUGUGACCCCUAGUCGUGACAAGGAGCCCGUGUUCGAAGUUACUGGGUUGCCAGAAAAUGUGGAUAAAGCCAAAAUGGAAAUUGAGAGCCACAUCGCUAUCCGCACUGGGGGUGUUAUCGAUGGACAGAAUGAAGAUGACUUUCAAACCAAUGGCAUCGACUCCGGAUUUCAUGAAUUACAUGGAAAUUCAGAAAUAUUUCAAGGUUUUGGCAAGGCUCAUAAUGGACUAAAUGCUUUGAAUAAUUUUCAUAAUCUCCAGAACGGAAAUGCUCUACACAAUGGUGACACCAACAUUUUCAGUUUUCCAACUGUCAAUGGAUCUAAAAUGGGCGAUUUCUCUUUGGGAAAUAUGAUAGGAAACUUCAACUGCUUUGGAAGUUUUGACAACGAUGAAGGCCUUGGUGGGUCCCCCUCCUUCGAUCCUUUCCUUCCUUCCCACUCUGUGUGGUCAGACAUGGACAACUCUAAUCUGGUGUCCAGCGUCUUCACCACCAGUACUGGUAACUCCAACCGUGGCCCAAGUAGCCUUGGAAACAGCACCCCACGUCAGAUGUCUCCUUCCAUCACUGACUCGCCUACCAGUUCAUCCAAUGGGAAUUCAAGCAGCAAUCCUCCAUCUCCACCUCUUAAUCUCAUUGAAGGUGGCUUGCUCAAGUCAUCACUGAAUGGGACCCAGGGCUCAACUUUCCCACAUACCUCUGGGGUGGACAUGGGACUGGCCACCAGUUUAUCAUCUGCCAUUACCACAGCAUCCUUAGAGAAAACAUCAGGAGGCGUCUCCAUUCCUGUGCAGGUUCCCAUGGUAAACGGUCGUCCACGACGACAGUGCUUAAUGUGUUCAGAUAGUGAAAUCGUGGCUGCCCUCGUUCCAUGUGGACAUAAUCUCUUCUGUAUGGAGUGUGCGAAUCUGAUCGUGGAAAAACCCGUCAGUGACCGGAGCUGCCCAGUUUGCCACCAAACCAUUUCUCAGGCAAUGCGCAUAUUCACGUAACAAUUUGGUUUAAAAAUCUGAGAAAAUCCCCCUCCCCAAAAAAAGCAAACCAACACAAAAACUAUGGAACAGAAUCCUUAAACAGUGUGCAUUUUGUUCAUUACAUAUUGAGAUUAUGUUUUAUAUAUAUCUACGUAAUUGGAUUUUUCUGUUAGUGAGGAUCCUUCUGGACUUGACAAGCAGUGCUAUGCAAUGCAAAAGCGGACUUUUUUCCUAUCAGAAAGCACCAGCCAUUGUAUUCCCAUCUCUUGAAAGCCUGACGUUGAUUUGGCAGACUGUGGAAGGCAAUUCAGGACAUACCUCACUUCAAGCAGCCGAAGUCAGCCAUUUUAAUUCCAGCAGUGAAGUGGACCAAAUGAACUGCAGGCUUUAGACACAUUAUUAUUUUUCUAGCCUUAAUUAGUUGUAUAUCUAUUAAUCAGCAAGCACAGUAGUUUAAUUUUUUAUUUGCAAAAGAAUUUAUUUUUAUAUCCAAUGUCUCAUUGUUAACUAUAGUAUUGGUUGUUUAAGAGAGUGUGUGAAUGUAUAUAUAGAGAAAUCACCAACAGACUUAGCUUUACCAUUGCCGUUUUUUUGUAUACACUAUUUUUUGAUUCAGUUGAACAUUGUGAACCAGUUGACAUUGCUGGCUUUGAUUCAGAGAGUGAACCAAUGAAUGUAGGAGCGAAUCCCCUGUUCUCAUGGAUAAAUUUCCCCAUUAUUUUUGUACGGAGUCAGAUAAAGUUUCAUGUGUUCAUUACAACCUAUCAAAUAGAUUGGUUUUUUUAAAGAUGUUUAAAUGUUCAUUUCCAUGCACCCAUUAUCAGACUCAGCUCUUUUUCCUCUUGUAUUGAUAUAUAUAUAUGCAAUGAAAUGGAAUAGUUUAUUUUUCAACGGCACCAAUCGUAGAUUUUUUGUUGUCAAAAUGUUUGUCAAAUUUACUGUCCAUUCAUCUUGAAUCUAUAUAUAUCUAUAUAUGUACAUGAUGCAUAUAUAUAUAUAGAUAUAUGUACAUAGUGUGUAAUUUUACCUUUUUUGUUGAGUGUAUAAGGACGAUUGCUGGUCAAGAAAAUACCCAGACACAAACGGAUGUCGCCCCCACGUCCUUGGAAUAUUUUUCUACACCUUUAUGUAAGUGUGAAUCGGUUUACAAUAUGUUCCCUUUGAAAUAUAUUUUUAUAUAUAUGACUGUAUUGUAUGUGAUAUUGAAUAUAUAAGCUUCCAUUGCGGUAUAUUAUGUGUAUCCUUAAGCAUGUGGCUUCUUUCCUCUUAUCUCCGACUUACUAAAUCUAUCAGAAUUUUUUCAACAUGGUAAGAAAUAAAACUUACCAAUUUACUCCACAAUUUAAAAAAAAUGUCCAAAAAAAAAAAAUCACUAUUUUCAGAUAUACCAGAACACCCCACAUGUUAAUUUUCUGUUUUUCAAAAUUUCCAUGAUAUUUAUAUAUACAUAUUAUAUGUAUGUACCAAGUCAUUUGAUAUCUAGAAGUAAUAUCAAAGAGUAAUCAUACCAACAUUACUGUGCAAUAAGUCUGUUUAAUCAAAUAUGUUACUCUCAGUCACUCACAACAUGUCACCUAUGUAUACAGUUAGAUCUGUUUGCCAUAUCAGUUUUUCUAGGUUUUGUUAUGUAAAGCAUAAUUUUGUUGUAAACGUCAUAUCUUAACUUUCAAGGUUGUGUUGUUGUGCAGACAUUAAAACUGCACUUGUGUUAUAGAUAUUCUAUACAAUAUGCCUAUAUGGUGCUCUGUUUUUAAGUUUGCCAAUUUUAUUUCCAUGGAACUGCUAAAGUGUUGCUUGGAAUAUAAAGUUAAUGAUAGAGAAAGCAUAGGGCCGAUAUUAUUUUAUAAAUCUGCCUUUGUUUUUUGAUGAGAUGGUCCCAUUUGAGUAGUUGCUGUAUGAGUUUCUUUUUCUUUGUUGCAUGUUCCAUUAAUUAUAUGUCUAGUAUUAGAUUUUCAUUAGAGAUUAUUUUGUUGAUGCUAUAAUUAGAAAAUGGUCCAAAGCUUUUAUUUUCGAAUCUGAUCAAAUUUGGACUUUCGGAGGGAAAAUUAAAUGAGUUGUUUUAGUGCAGUGUGAAUUGAAUAUCAAAUUUUAUUACCAAAGCCACGGUUUACCAUGUCAAAAGAGAAUCUUUUUUAUUAUUUUUUUUUAAUUUCUCUGUUACGCAGGGUACUUAUUCACAACACACUCUUCUGCUCAAAAGUGUUAUUUGAUCAUGGAAAAGUAGUAUUUUAGUAGUUCAUGGGAGCAAAAAAAAACUUAAAAUCAUGCCAGAAAAAAAUACCCCCACUUCAUAACCAAAGAUAUUAAGUGUAUUGUUUUCCGGAGCUAGUCAGACAUUUUAGAAUCAUUCAUCAUGUAAAACAUUUUAUGCUCAUUUUAGUAUCUCACAAUUGUUUUUUUUUUCUGUCUUUUAAUUGUAAUUCAUAAUGUCAAAAAAAAAAAUACCAAACCAUAUUCAAUGUUUUCAAGUUUGCAAUUAGAUGAUUCUUGCCUUUUAUUUUUAUAUACAAUCUAAUGGAUAAUAUUGAUGUGUGUGAGUAACCCACUACAAACUAUUUAUGCAUAAUGUAUCACUGUAUGUGGAUGGAACACUGUGUAAUGGUAUUGAUGCACUUUCAUAUGUAAAGCAGAUCUGAAAAUUACCCCAUCUACUGUGUACACAGAGCCUGGCUUCUCUUCCAGACAAAGAGAUCUACUAAUUAUGCAAUUUCCCAUUUACAUAGUAAAUCACUAACUCACUGUUUAGCAAAUCUUGGUCUCUAUUCAAGGCCCACUGCAUUUGUUUCUUUUUAAAGUCUAUUUUAUCCAGUUGUCAAAAGAAAUAUUUUACAAAUACUGUUGAAGUAGAUGACAAUAUUUUAUUCCUAUGAUAUAAGAAUGGCAUUGAAUGGUGACACUUAAUUGACCUUGACCUCAGUUCAAGGUGGUGACUCCUAGUCAGGAUCACAUGACAGCAAAGACCAUUGAAAUGUGUAUAAGGGAUGAAAUGUAUGUAGUAUUGACAUAAUGAGAUAUAUCUGACAAUUAUAUAGGUAUGAAUGUAUAAUUUAUUUUAAUGGCCUUUAUAUCAAGCGCAGUGUACUUGUAUCUGAAAAAACAACCCUCCGGAUUUGCUUUUUAAUCGAAUCGCACUGUAUUCAAAUGUAGUGAACAAAUUAUUGCAGUAUUAUAUAAAGACGAACAGAUAACUUAUGUAAAAAUACUUGUAACCUUGUUGUGAUUUUGAGAGUAAUAUAUACUGAAGCUUGGACUAUCUUGUCUUGUAUAGAGCUCCAUGUUUAGAUAGUGUUUUGUAUUUUAAUAUUAUUUACUAAUGUAUCGUAUGUCAAGUUUUUGAUUAUUGAUGCAACUGUUUGACAAAAAGUAUAAAGAUAUUUUUUAUUUUAUCUGGGUCUCCAGUAGAGGCUCCUGAAUAUUAUAUUUGGUGAAAUUAUAAAAAAAAAAAAUGUAAAGUUUUAUUUUUCUGCAAAUAAAAAUCUUACCGAAUAGU